UGGGUGGGGUGUUCGUAUCCACGCAUAUAUUCUCACUAUGAUCCUAAUGCGCUCAUUCCACUCCCCCGCCCCGCGUCGCGUCACAUUCAGCGGGGCUGGCCGCGAUACAACUAUUGAUUUCAUCUCUCUCUCUCUCUCUCCGUCACUUCUUCUCAGCUUUUCUUCAAGUGCUGCAGAGAGACGCGGCUGCUGGUGCAUUGUGAGGAGAGAAAGGAAAAAAAAAACGCUAAAGGAAGAUCCGCGUUCACGCGCUCAGAUGGCCGCGCGCCCGUGAAAUCUGGACUCGCGCACAGUCGUUCCCUUCCCCUCUGAGUGAAUGAAGCUGUCUGUCAGAAGGAGCCACAUAUGUGUCCACUGCUGUCUUUCUCCUAACCACUCGAGUGACCCGCAGUAACACUGAUCUCGUCCUCUGAAACUCACGUUUGAUUCCUGACUGGUGGAAUCCACUUCUGCGGCCGAACAGCUGAACUCUCCAAAGAUGGAGGACCCGUAUAGAGACAGGACGUCUCUGGUCAAAGGUGCUCGCGACAUCGCCAAGGAGGCGAAACGCCACGCUGCCAAGAAGGUCAACAAAGUGGUGGACCGUGCUUCAAACGAAUACUCCAGCCGCAGCUACAGCCGCUUUGAAAACGACGAAAACGAGGGCGCCGACGAAGACUGUUACUAUUAUCAGGACGGCAAGGCUCAGCGAGAGGAUGACGAGGGAUCCAGCGACGCCACCGAGGGCCACGACGACGAGGACGAAAUAUACGAGGGCGAGUACCAGGGCGUGCCUGCAGGGGGCGGGGCCAUGGAUGGGCGUGGCCAGGUGGCAGUCGGCCAGCUGUUGACGGAUGGAAUGAAGGACAAGCGAGAGCUGGAGAAGGAGAGAGAGGCGGAUGAGGAGGAGCUGGCGCAGCAGUACGAGCUCAUCAUCCAGGAGUGUGGACACGGACGCUUCCAGUGGCAGCUGUUCUUCGUGUUGGGCCUGGCUCUCAUGUCUGACGGGGUGGAGGUGUUUGUUGUGGGGUUUGUGCUGCCCAGCGCUGAGACGGACAUGUGUGUGCCCAACUCUGGAGCCGGAUGGCUGGGCAGUGUGGUGUAUCUGGGAAUGAUGGUGGGCGCGUUCUUCUGGGGCGGUCUGUCAGAUAAGGUGGGUCGACGUCAGUGUCUGCUGGUGUGUAUGUCAGUCAACGGCUUCUUCGCCUUCCUGUCGUCCUUCGUUCAGGGCUACAGCACCUUCCUCUUCUGCAGGAUGCUCUCGGGGUUUGGGAUUGGCGGUGCGGUUCCCAUCGUGUUCUCAUAUUUUGCGGAGUUCCUGGCCCGUGAGAAGCGCGGGGAACACCUGAGCUGGCUCUGCAUGUUCUGGAUGGUGGGCGGGAUCUACGCCUCAGCCAUGGCCUGGGCCAUCAUUCCACACUACGGCUGGAGCUUCAGCAUGGGUUCAGCGUAUCAGUUCCACAGCUGGCGUGUGUUUGUGGUGGUCUGUGCGUUGCCCUGUGUCUCUGCGGUCGUGGCGCUCACAUUCAUGCCAGAGAGUCCACGCUUCUACCUCGAGAUGGGAAAGCAUGACGAAGCGUGGAUGGUUCUCAAACAGAUUCAUGACACCAACAUGCGUGCGCGCGGAGAGCCUGAGAAAGUCUUUACUGUGAACCGUAUAAAGAUCCCCAAGCACCUGGAUAACUUAGACGGAGAUGCAUUCUUAAUCAUCAAAAACCGAACCCAAACUUACUUUUGUAAGUCUGUCAUAUAUCCCAUCUCUCGUUCAGAUAUCGACGACUCGAAAUUCAUCGGUUCCUCUGUGAUUAACUCCUCGUUUGCGCACAACAAGACCGGCUGUCAGAUGACGUUGAUGACGACUACAGCGCCACAGCCAGGCAAGGUGUAUUUCAUCAACUUCCUCGGCACACUAGCCGUGUUGCCAGGCAACAUAGUCUCCGCCCUCCUCAUGGAUAAAGUGGGCCGUCUGAGCAUGUUAGGCGGCUCGAUGGUGUUGUCUGGGAUCAGUUGUUUCUUUCUGUGGUUCGGCACCAGUGAGUCCAUGAUGAUAGCGAUGCUCUGCCUUUAUAACGGACUCAGUAUAUCGGACUGGAACUCACUGGACGUGGUGACGGCCGAACUGUAUCCCACCAACAGGAGAGGAACUGGCUUUGGCUUUUGUAACUCCAUGUGUAAGCUGGCGGCAGUCUUGGGGAAUCUAAUAUUUGGGUCGUUGGUGGGAAUCACGAAAUCCAUCCCGAUCCUGCUGGCGUCGUCUGUGCUGGUCGCCGGAGGCCUGGUGGGUCUGCGGCUCCCCGACACCCGCUCCAACGUCCUCAUGUGACCCCACCACACACCUGUGACCUCUGACCCUGAGUCGUCACGGAAACACGCAGGACACGCUCAGGGUGCAGGUGGAGGCGACUACGACGUGUUUCCUUUAUUUAUUCAUUUAAAAUGUGUUAUUUAUUCAUUUAGAGAUGUACCCAGUUUAGAUCAAAACUAGAUUCCGAUGCCUUUGUUACCAUAAAUCAAAUGUUAUGAUGUUAUGAAAUGUAAAAAAGUGUCGAAAUCUGUUUUUGACCUAAUCUGGGUGGUCAGAAUUAUUAUUUUAAAUGAUUUAUUUAAUUAGAAAAUAUAGCUAUUUUUUGUUUUUAUCAUUUUAUCAUUAUUAUUUUUAGCUGAACACACACACAAAAAAAAAUCAGGUGAUUUUAAUGUAUUUUUUUAUUUUUUAAAUUAAAAUGUUUUUUUUUUUUUUUUAUGAUGCUUUUAAACCCAAACGAGAGUAAAAAAGGCCAUUUAGAGAUGUCCAGAUUAGCGAUAACAGCUUUUUUUUUGUUAGCAUAGGUCCGAUUCUCCAGUGACUUCUACCGGAACGUUUCUUAAACAAGACGAUAACGAUUAUCCAGUUUACAUUUUCUGCUUUUUAUAAUGAUUUAGCUAGAAGAAGAACACCGACACGCUUCGACUUCAUUCGUGAACUUUGUCAUCGAUGUAGCCGAAACAGACUUCAUUUGGUGUUUGUCUCUCUCGGUUUAAGGGUUAAAGACGUCUUGAUAACCCAGCUACACGUUCAUGUGCAAACUCUUCCUCGCAAAACUGAAUGGCCUUUGCUUCCUCUCCGUGCCUCCUUCCUCUAAAGCCCUCCCGUCAGCUUCUCGUAGGUCGUAGCGAUCCAUCGUACAGCAGAACUGAGCGUGUGUCCGAUUUAUUUUGGAAUGCUCUUCUGCUCCAGUAGGUGGGAAUAUUGUGUUUCAUCACAUUCCACUGGAAGUUUGUACAUGCAGUUGUGCAAUAUGACAGGAUGUGAUACCUUGGAAGCCCGUUUCUGCCACUGAAUAAAAAAAUUUAAAAAAAGGUCACUGUGACUUUUAUCUCACAAUUUUUUUGCAAGCUCAUAUCUCGCGAUUCAGGUUUUUUUUCCUCACAGUUUUGACUUUUUUUGCAAUUGAGAGUUUAUUUCCUGCUAUUCUGACUUUAUAACUCCUAACUGCAUGAAAUAAAGUCAGAAUUACGAAAUAUAAAUUCACAAUUUGGAAUUUUUCUCACAAUUCUUAUUUUAUAUCUCACAAUUCUUACUUUGUAACACACAACUGCGAGGUUUAACACACAUUUCUGAAAUUUUUCUUGCAAUUCUGAAUUUUUCUCACAAUUGCAAGUUUAUAUCCCGCAAUUCUGACUUUAUAACUCGCAAUUGUGAAUUUAUAUAACAAUGAUAAGAAAAAAAGUCAGAAUUGCGAGUUUAUAUCUUGCAAUUCCGACUAUUUCUCACAAUUGCAAGUUUAUCUCGCAAUUCUGAUUUUUUUUCUUUAAUUUCUGCAAUUGAGAGUUUAAAUCCUGCUUUUCUGACUUUAUAACUCGUAACUGCAAGAAAUAAAGUCAGAAUUACGAUAUAAAUUCCCAAUUUAGAAUUUUUCUCACAAUUCUGAUUUUAUGUCUCACAAUUCUGACUUAGUAACAUGCAAUUGCGAGUUUUUAACACACAUUUCAGAAAAUUUUCUUGCAAUUCGGACUUUUCUCGAAAUUGUGAGUUUGUCUCACAAUUCUGACUUUAUAACUCGCAAUUGGGAAUUUAUAUAACAAAUUUAUUUAUUUAUUUAUUUUUUGUUUUGCAUUUCUACAAUUGAGAGUUUAUUUCCUCCUAUAUUUUGGUAAAAAAAAAAAAAAAAAAAAAGGAUUUGUAAGAUAAAAAUUGCAAUUAACUUUUUUUCAGUAGCGGAAACGGGUUUCCACAUGAUACGGCGUCAUCCUAGAAAAUAAUAAAAGCCAUUCAGCCUGGUCUGAUCUUGAUGACGUACAGGCCCUGCUGCUGCUGUCUACAUGCACUGAAGUACACUAAACACCAGAAACAGACUCCACACAAGUACACUAGUGCGCUGCGUCAACACUGAGAUAUUGCAGAUGGAGUUUGCAUUCACGUACUUGGGUAUAAAUAUGUUUCUGGCCUAAUUUAAUGAUAUUUUAUUGUGUGUAUGUCAGGAAAGUAACUUGUUUUGAACUUGGAAUCAUGGGUGACAACAUUUGCUUUACUCGUCUAAAUGUCGUAAAGUGUUGCCUGUUGAGUUGAAACAUUAUUUUUCAUUGUCAGAUGUGUAUGCAAAUGUCUCCUCAUGUGUAUGUGUAGAUAUCUUGUAUUUAAUGAACAUGAUUUUCUGUCUGUAGAUGUUUAUUUUGGCUGGUUGUGUGAUUUUUGGGGUGUUAUUUUAGCUAACAAGAAGUUUCAGUGUCAUACAAGUUUUUUUUUUUUUACAAGUUUGAACAAAUUCAGUUAAUGGGGGGAAUGAAUUUGAAGUACCGAAAUGUUGGUUUAUUUCAACAGGUUUUUUUUUUUUUUUUAAUUU